AAAAUGAGUCUGUUUGGAACAACCUCGGGUUUUGGAACGGGCGGGACCAGCAUGUUCGGCAGCACAACCACAGAUAACCACAAUCCUAUGAAGGAUAUUGAAGUAACAUCUUCUCCUGAUGACAGCAUUGGCUGUCUGUCUUUUAGCCCACCAACCCUGCUGGGGAACUUUCUUAUUGCAGGAUCGUGGGCUAAUGAUGUUCGCUGUUGGGAAGUUCAAGACAGUGGGCAGACUAUUCCAAAAGCCCAGCAGAUGCACACCGGGCCCGUGCUUGAUGUCUGCUGGAGUGAUGAUGGGAGCAAAGUAUUUACAGCGUCAUGUGAUAAAACUGCCAAAAUGUGGGACCUCAACAGUAACCAGGCGAUACAGAUUGCACAGCAUGAUGCUCCUGUUAAAACCAUACACUGGAUCAAAGCACCAAACUACAGCUGCGUGAUGACUGGGAGCUGGGAUAAGACAUUAAAGUUUUGGGAUACACGAUCAUCAAAUCCUAUGAUGGUCUUGCAGCUCCCUGAGAGGUGUUACUGUGCUGAUGUGAUCUAUCCUAUGGCUGUGGUGGCGACGGCGGAGAGAGGCCUGAUUGUCUAUCAACUAGAGAACCAACCUUCGGAAUUCAGGAGGAUAGAGUCGCCGCUGAAGCAUCAACAUCGGUGUGUGGCUAUUUUUAAAGACAAACAGAAUAAGCCGACUGGUUUUGCCCUGGGGAGUAUUGAGGGCAGAGUUGCCAUCCACUACAUCAACCCCCCAAAUCCUGCCAAAGAUAACUUUACCUUCAAAUGUCAUCGCUCCAACGGAACCAAUACUUCAGCACCUCAGGACAUCUACGCGGUGAACGGAAUCGCAUUCCAUCCUGUCCAUGGCACACUGGCCACGGUGGGGUCUGAUGGCAGGUUCAGCUUUUGGGACAAAGAUGCCAGAACAAAACUAAAGACUUCGGAGCAGUUAGACCAGCCAAUAUCAGCCUGCUGCUUCAAUCACAAUGGGAACAUAUUUGCCUACGCCUCCAGCUAUGACUGGUCCAAGGGACAUGAGUUUUAUAACCCCCAGAAGAAGAACUACAUUUUCCUGCGGAACGCAGCCGAAGAGCUAAAGCCCAGGAAUAAGAAGUAGUG